AAAACUUCUUUUGGAAGCUGAUUCUGUCGCGUCCAUCUGGAGAAAACUAUUCUCAUCUGUCAUAUCUUCGUGUCGGCCAAUGAUGUUAAAAGGUCGCCGCGAUGGGUCGGCAGUGCCAGGCGUGCGACUCGAGCAGGCUGGACAAGACGACCUCCAAGUUGCCCGAGCAGUGCAGAGGUCCGGUGACCGCCUGUCGCUUCACCAUCGCCUACACCAAGGAAGUGGUGGUCGGAAUCGGGCCCCAGACCUACCGCACCGAGCACCUUACCUCUGCCUUUGGAGACACGCUCAAUAAGGUAACCAGCACGCGGGGAUUCGCGCUCGGAGCCAGACUUGCGCCGCGCUUCUCCUCCUCGGUUAAACGACCCCUCAGCAGCGUAAAAGCGGCCGCGCCGAGAAUGGAAAGAACGGGACAGCAGUGCGUGCAGGUCGUCAGGCAAAACGCUCACCCGUUCAACUCGAGUGCGCCGAGACCACCUGUAUUCAAAAUCGCGGCAGGCCCUGGGCCUGGUUUUUACGAGACAAGAAUGCAAAAUCUUCCGAAACGAAUCCCAUUUCAAAACCACUUGGGUCAUGGCAGGACAAUAACAGCCCCUGUGAGGAUAAUCUGCAACAAAGGUGUUCCAGUGCAGUGCAAAUGCUGUGAUGUUUGUGUCAACGAGGACUUCUGGAUCAGCAAGGGGAAAUUCAUUUGCAACGAGUGCAAAGGCAAACAACAAAGUGGCCAAAAUUAUUUGUUUGUGAAGGCAAGGGACUGUCGAGAAGAUCACAGUCACGAAGGAACCGAAGCCGCAGUUCGACUCCGACCCAGAGAUUGUGAGAAAAAAUCAAAAUUCAGAGAGGCCUACCUAGAACUGUAUUUCAGCUGAAAAAAAUAAUAAAUUUUUGAC